AUGGGUAAUUGGUUUUGCGGCCACUAUGGAAAGGACUCCCAGGUUGAACCUAUUACCGCGGAAGUUAUUAAAUCACGAGCAGAGCACAGGUCAACAUUGGUAUUUCUCCAUGGGCUGGGAGAUAAUGGACAACCUAUCGAGGUGUCAGUUAAUCAAAAUACCGUCAUGCCUGCAUGGUUUGACGUUUAUGGUCUCACGGUCGACGCGCCCCAAGACGAGGCUGGUAUUGUGAGGGCUGCAGAACAAAUUUCACGGAUCAUCAAAGCGGAGGUGGAGACAGGUGAAGUGGCGUUGGAGCACAUCGUGCUAGGUGGGUUCUCUCAAGGUGGCAGUGUGGCUCUCUACACGGCUCUCACUGAAACCAAUCUGCGUGGUCUGGCUGGAGUGGUAGUCCUCAGCUCUUGGCUACCCUUGGCCCAGCAACUGGCCUCUGAUCCUUCUCGAAUUCAGGCAGAGCGCAGUCUCCCAAUCCUCCAGUGUCAUGGCGCAGCCGAUUCUCUCGUGCCCUAUGCUAUCGGUAGUCUGACAAAUACACUAUUGCGGAAUUUUCACUUCACUUCAGCUGAGUUGCACAAAAUUGCCGAUCUUGGACACGCAUGCAAUGAGGAGGAGAUGAAGAUAGCGCAAACAUUUAUCUACAAAGUUCUCGCACUUUAG